UCUUCUCUAUUGUCCGCCCCUCUACUGGCCUACCCUAUAAAAACCCUACCCCCAUUUUCCAUUUCUCCCUCAGCUCAAUUCUCUCUCAAUCCGCCAUAGCCAUGGAGGAAACCGCCGCCGCCGGCGAAGUUUACUACGCAUUCCUCAAUUCCGCGCCGGAAAAUGACAGAGGAGACUGCGACGACGGAGACGAAGCUCUUUCUCUCUGCGAUCUCCCGCUCAUCGACCAAUCCAGGAUGCUAAUCGACGGCGAAGAGAUUAAAUCUACACAACCAGAUGAAUCUCAAGAGGAAUUCGAUUUCUGCUCCGUUCCGAAGGAAUCAGAAAUGUGCGCCGCCGACGAACUCUUCUUCCGCGGCCAGAUUCUGCCGCUCCGCCACUCGGUAAGCUCUGUAUGCGAAUUAUCGAUCUUCAAUCGCUCAAUUUCUCGUUCGAGAUCUGUAGACUGUCUAGAUUCCGCCGGAGGAUUAAUUUCUAGCAGAAGCAGCAGUAUCAGCAGCCGUCGCUCCUCAAGCAGCAGCAGCGGUAGCGGAAGCUCCGCCGCCGCCGAUGAUAAGCACCGGAAACCUCCUCUAAACCUCUUCCAUUCACAUCCAAGUCCGUCGCCAAAACUACCACCAAUUUUCCGAACCACCGCCGCCACCACCACCACCACCAAAUCCUCCGCCUGGAGCAUUUUCCGGCGCGGAUUGAUCGCAACUCCUCCGAAAAUCUCACUUCACAACGCCAAAUCUCGCACAACCAACAAAACCUCCGGCAACCGCUGCGGCGGCGGAAGCGAUAAGAAGAAACAGAGGAGCAAUUUCCUAAGCGGUUGCGACUGUUUGUUGGAUGCAGUUGAUACAGUUCCUUCUAAAGUCGUGGUUAUGAAAAGAAGCGCGAACGACGAGCAACACGAGAUCCGUACAAUGACGGAGAAGACGACGAAAAAGCGCGUUUCUGAAAAUCGCACUUCAGAAUGGCUAAAGUUGCUAACUGUAGAAAGCUCACCGGACGUAACUGCACCGAACGGAACCGUAGACGCAAAAGGAGAAGAAAGGAUUUAACUGUACGUUCUUUAUAUAUAUAUGCCCUUUUUGUUAUGUGGUUGUUAUUUUAGUGUAAUUAUCAAUUAGGUAAAGUUUUAAUUGUCGAAUCAAUUCGAAUUUAUGCAUGCGACAAAAUUAGUGAUUCGGAAAUCUUUAUGUGAAUCUUGUUAAUAAUAUUGGCAAAUCCAAUUUUGUACACAUUUAUCAUUAUAAAUAAAUACUAUAGCGUUACUUU